UAUAUUUUUAUUAUCAUUAAUUGACAUCGAAUUCAAAUUCGAUUCAGUGGGAAUUGUAUUGAAAUUCGAUCAAUUUUAUAUUAGUGGAUUUACAUGAAUUAUUUCCGUGAUACGUUAGAUAUUUUUCAGUCGACAGCUUUUGUCAAUAAACUCCUAUAUCCAUUUUGGGAAUGUAUUUCAAUCAAUUUUUUAAUCAAUAGAUACAAAAAAAAUCAGAAUGGAUGUUUUAGUUACACUUUUCUACGUUCUAUUCUCUAUAUGCGUUGUUUAUCCGCCUACCGAGUUCGUGUCUGCAGGAUUCACAAUUGCUCAGCUAUUUGAUAACUACUUGGGCUCUGAAAAUACCAACUUUAUUGGUUAUCACAUGAAGAGAAUAACCAUAACUGCGUUUAUACAUUCCGCUCUACCUCUUGGGUACGUUUGCACACUAUGGUGUUGCGGGGAACGUAGUCAAUGGAUGCUUGCAAGUUUUGCUGCGACGGCCUUCAUACCGCUGUUAAUGUGCUACAAAUUGCUGUGCUGGUGGGAGUAUGAGAAGCUUGGUCAUCCGAUCGUAAAGGCACUCCUGCCGUACGUGUCGACGGGAAGUGACUGGCGGGUCACUGCGGCUUAUCUCAAUUCAGAAUUUAGAGGUGUUGAUAAAGUCUCAAUACAGCUGACGGCUACAAGCAAGUUUGUGGCUACGGAGACUUGGCUCAUCAAGGUGUCACAGUAUUCCGUUAACAUAGUGAAACAGGAAGAUUGCUCUCUUGUUGCCACUGCUAGUGACAGCCACAAUUUGUCACCAUCGGGUGAAGACGUAAUCCAAUAUCUGAACAUAGAGGUGAUACCCAACCGAGAUGAGAUCCAGCGAUUUACAUUUCGCAUCACAACAGUAAUGUUGCGUGACUUGCAGCCGAGGCUAUUGAAUGCAGUGAGGGUUCCUGAACACAUUUCAUUGAUGCCAACUUUAGUGGAACGAUUCGUGAAUGUCUUCAAACAGUAUGUUGAUCAGAACCCUGUUUAUAUUAUUGAUGAGGAGCCAGAGAUGUGCAUUGGGUGCAUGCAAGCCCCGGCUGAUGUUAAGAUAAAUCGACGUUGCUUGCCGCCUCCACCACAUCUCGAGGGAGGACCACAGCAGUGCCAGCAGUGUCACUGCAGGGUGCUGUGGUGCGCGUCGUGCAUGGGGCGGUGGUGGGCGACGCGCGCGGGCGGGCCGGCGUCGGGCUGGCUGGCGGGGCGCUGCACGUGCCCCGUGUGCCGCGCCGUCUUCUGUCUGCUGGACGUCAGCCCCGCGCGCCUCGCCGUCUCCUGAGCACCCAUCGCUAUAAACACAUCGGUCUUUUAGUCAAACUAACUUGUACAGAUUCAACGGAUUUUUUUAAUCAUUAUUGUUUACUGUUAAGGUAGCGGUGCCAGUAGAUGGCCAUUUAAUGCAGUAGUUUUUGUUUUUAAACACUGUCUGUGAUGUUAAUCGGUCUAUGCACUCGGUGAAGGCGUUUUGCGAUAACUUAAACUCGAAUUUAUUAAGAUCAAUCAACAGAUUACUCCAGUUUAAAAAAUUCAAGAAGAAAAAAAAUUUAAAAGACAUAAAUACAAAUACUAGUACAUAUAGAUGGCCACUUGAGAUAAGUGAAAAAUUAGUAGAUGGCCACUUUCUCACUAGUAGUUGCCCACCCAGUUUCAAUGCUAUAUUCUGUGUUCUAAAUAAAAAUAAGCCUUAUAGACUGCUUCAUAAGAAAUUUAUUUAAUUAUUUUAAAUAAGUCUAGUCUUCAAAGUGUUUCAUUUCAGGCACAUUAAAUAGGUCUCGCGUUUUGCUUGUUUUCUGAGGCUCCUUUAUGGUAGUGAUGACGUUUUUCCACUCGUAUUCACAAACGUCGGGCCGAACUGGCCAUAGCCGCCCCACUCUCGCCAUGGCAGAAAUUGAAGCGACCAAUGGAAGCGCCGUAACAACUUUUCCGGGAUAAAACCUGCCGUCAUAACGAACGAUGACGAAUUCGCCGUUCAUUUUUUUCGGAGGGAUAAGUUUGCUGUCACUAUCAUCCUCAUCCGUUUCUUCAUCGUCAAUGUCGCUUUCUGCCGACGAGACUUUAACACUUGAGUCAGAAGAAUCAGAAGAAUAACACAGAUGUCUUCUAGUGUUUUUGGCUUGCGGCGCUUUCGAUCUUCUCCUUCCAAUUUCUUCUGUUCCAUCAAUGCAUCUUUUUCCGCCAUCUUCCGUUUCCUUUCGUUGGCUCGCUCUAACUUCUGCUUUGCGAGAUUCUCCUUCUUUUCCAUUUUCCGUUUCAAGUAGAUCACAUAAUCUUCUCCAAAAGCUACGGUGGGCAAUUUUUCCUUUGGCUUCCUUUUUGUAUCCUUGCUCACUUCCGUCGGUACAUAAAAAAGUGCUUUUUAAAGGGACUAGGCACAGUGCUAGUAGAUGAGGGUCCUGGUUGUUCAUGUACAAGCUUCAUGUCCGCAGUAGCUAAGUCAGAAAUCGGUGCUGGAAUGUUGAAGUCAGCUGUGCUAGAUGGUGGCCCUGGUAGUUCAUGUACAAGCUCCAUGUCCGCAGUGGCUAAGUCGGAAAUCGGUGCUGGUAUGUUGAAGUCAGCUUUGCUAGAUGGUAGUCCUGGUAGUUCAUGUACAAGCUCCAUGUCCGCAGUGACUAAGUGGGAAAUCGGUGCUGGAAUGUUGAAGUCAGCUUUGCUAGAUGGUAGUCCUGGUAGUUCAUGUACAAGCUCCAUGUCCGCAGUGACUAAGUGGGAAAUCGGUGCUGGAAUGUUGAAGUCAGCUUUGCUAGAUGGUAGUCCUGGUAGUUCAUGUACAAGCUCCAUGUCCGCAGUGACUAAGUGGGAAAUCGGUGCUGGAAUGUUGAAGUCAGCUGUAAGUGGAGAUGCUGUCCGAUCCUCGUGCGUUAGAUCACUAUCUUCCUUUUGGAGGGCUUCUACUUCAGUUUUGGUACUGUGCCAUAAGUUGAACAAUGACUUAUCAGUGGUGUCACCGGACCAAUCACCAAUUGUAGAUUGAAAUGCAAUCAAGGUGUCAGCAGGUAUUGAUUCAUUUAGAAAAUGUAAGCCUCUCUUUAAGAACAAAAUUUUUUCAGUGUUGUCCUUCUUCUCAAUAGCUUUCCCAGGGAUCGUAACUGCUUCGGGGUUCCAGGGAACAAGGCCACAUUUGCGGAAACCAUUCACUAGUAUGGACGGGGUUAAGCUUUCUUCCAUCACCUCCUUAAGUAAUUUGGCGAAGUCUUUCUUCUUUAAAGCGUGCCCCUCCUCGCUUUGAAUUUUGCAAUCCGCCACAUGUGCACUCGCUUCCUCCAAGCCACCUUUGAAGGUUUAAAAACGGCCACGUCAAGUGGUUGCAGCAAAUGAGUAGCAUUUGGAAAGAGUGGUAUAAGUACGAUGCCUUUCUCAUGACAGAACUGGCUGCAUUGGUAAGACAAAUGCGAUUUGUGUCCAUCUACGAAGAGUAUGACAGGUAACAUGAGGGUUUGAGAGGAUAGCCAAGGGAAGAAUAUAUCAGCUAUAACCUCAAAAAAAGCUUCACAGGGCUUCCAACCCGAGUCGGUUUUUCCCAGUCCUCACCCUGAUGGAAAAUUGUCGGAAAUUUCAGCUGGAAUUCGCUUGUAAGGGUAUAUAAUUGUCGUAGGAGCAAAGGUGCCGGCAGCGUUUCCUGUAACAAGUACAGUCAAACACUCUUUGUCGUCAGCAUUAACAUGUUGGUAGACGUUUUUGUCUCCUUUUUUUGCGAGGACCUUGGGUGUUUUAGGUGCUAACAUGAAAGCCGUCUCGUCAUAGUUAAAGACUCUGUUGGGGUCAAGGAGAAUGUCGGCCCAACCUUUUUCUUUUAAUUUGUCUCCAACUUUUCCAAACCAUUUCCUUAUUGCUUCUUCGUUGACGGCUGCUCUAGAAGACGUCAGUUUUGCGAGGUCCUCUUCAUAAAAAGUUUUAAAAAUGUUUUUCCUGGCUUAUUAUUCGCCUUAAAAAAAUUGCAGUUUCGUUUUAAAUCAUUCAAUUAUUUCUGAAUACUGAAGAGCAGCUGCUCGUGAGUAAUGGGGAAUCCAGCCGCUGCAGGUUCGUACACCCAUUGGCAUAUUCUCUCCUCUUCUUCUUUUGUCAGCAUAGUGGCUGGACCCAUCUUCCUUGCAAGAGGAGAUUUCCCGGUCACUUUAUUUGCAAGUCUGCCGAGGGACUUCAAAUUUCUUGGCGGCAGCACGUAUCGGUGUGUCAUGGAGUCUUACGUCGUUAACGGCUUGGGUCAUGGCCUCUUCACUAUAACUUAAAAACGCUCCUUUUUUUCCUGGCAUCUAAAAAAUAAAAAAUAAAAUUAGUACUUACCUAAAAUGGAAUACAUGGACAGAAUUAGUAAUUGGCCGAAAUAAUAGUCAGUAGUUGCCCAUGCGGCUCAUUACUGAAAAUUAAAAAUAAAACCCAAAAAAUGUUAAUGCAUUUUAAUUUUAUUAACUUUUUAGGUUAGAUAAAAAAUAAUGAAGCAAAAUAAACUUGAAAUAGAAAAUACCUAGUAGUUGCCCGGACGGGCAACUAUUAAAUUAUUUUGACUAACAGAUGCUAGUAAUGGGUCACCCCAACAAACUAUAAUGUAAGCAAAAAUGCAUUUUUAAUUUUUAAAACAAAUGUUGACUCAAACCCACUAUAAAUCCUAAAACCAAAUUAUCCAAACAAAAUAACAUGAUUUGCCAUCAAAAUCUUUCGAAUGAUUGACCUCUUUGCUUAAUAAAUUACAUAAGAAAUUACAUUGUUUUAAUCUGACGACCACCGAUUCAAAAGUCAAAAUUCGCCAUCUUGAAUAUCACGGCUACCAACAUGACGGCGUCUAUUUUUUUGUGUUGCCAGAUGAUCACACUCGCCUAUAAGCUAACAAUGCGUAAAAAAUGUUAUAUAAAACUCUUGUUAUAAGCAUUUUUAGGGAAAGUGGCCAACUACUAAUGCAUGGCCAUCUACUAGCACCGCUACCUUAGUUAAUUUUAAACUUUUAUUAAUAUACAAAAUAUUAUUUUAAUAACCUAAAAGUACAUGUUAUUAUCCGCAACACGCUUCGUCAGAUUACAGAAAUAGAGUUAUCAGCAACAUGCUUCGUCAAAAAGUACAAUACUUACUUUCAGCUGCAAGCGUCCUCAUAAGUACCAUAUAGGUUCACGCUAACAGCAAUGCGCGCGUAGGCAUCGGCUAGUCAAACAGCGGAAAUGUAUGAGACACUACAGUGCACAAACUCGCACAAUAUGUAAACUGCUCAGAAACAUGAAUGUGAACGUUUGAAGUCCAAUUUACAUGUUUAUUGAAACCAGUGGAUCUCUGAUUUCGGCUUCAUAAUAAAGCAAUUAAUUUAGGUCCAUGAACCCAAUUGUCUGGCGAGAAAGUGUGAACGCCUGUAAAGAAACGUAUGAUUUUAUCUGUUCUGACUACCGUCGCGGAGAUGACUAUAGCAGUUUACUGCCCAUUGCGGUCUAGGAUUUUUCAUAUAAAAUUUUAACUGUUGCUACAAACUGCCCAACCACAGAUUAUAUUCAUUUGCUGUUUAAAACUGAAGAUUGUAUACUAUAUCGAAUUUAAUCUAUGAAAAUACAUCGAUUUUUUUAAAAAUUAUAAUACAAAAUUUUAACUGAAAAAGAAAUCGACUCCAACAAAAUAAAAUGCGAACAUGAUCAACGUAGUAUCGAAGUCAAUUAAAUAUACAUUAUUAAGGAUAACCCAAAAACUGCUGGUUAGAUCUUGAUAAAAAAAAUUCACAUGAGAAGCAUUAGCUUUCAAGUGAAAAAGCAUCAUUAAGUCAGUUCACCGAGAAAAACUUCUGAAGUGACAACACGAAAAAAAAAAAAAAAUUUAAUUGAGAACUUCCCCAUUUAGUCAGAAUUGUUUUUAAAGUUUGUAAGCAUGAAAAUGCACUGAAUGAAAAUUAUGAAUUAAGUUAACGCAUUACUGAGAUUGGUAUGGGAAUUUUAUUGUUUUAUUAAAACACAAAUGUUGCACUAUGGCCGAUUGAGUUUAGAGUAAAACCGUGAGAAACUUGUACCACACUUGUAUAUAAAACAAGCUUUAUUUUUUUUAAAGAUUUUUUGUCUUGAUAAUGGCAUAUAUAAAUAUGAAAAUUUGGUAUAUAGUUUUCGGUAUAAUGUACAACAGGAAGACGGAUAGACACCUGAAAUAAGCGGCCACCCCCAGGGCGAAGUCUCAGUUGUAUUGUGUGGUUUUACCAACCAAAUAUACAGUUAUAUAGUUAUGUUUGUAUACUCAAUUAAUGCAAUUUUACGUUUUAAGUAUCUAGCUAAAGUCAUUAGAUGAAAUUAAUAUCACUUAGAUUUUUUUAUAAAUAUAUAAUCAUAGACAACGCACAUCUUUCCCCCGGUCGCCGGCCCCCCACCGGGAAUUCCCGGGGGAACCAGAGUUCUAACUAUUCGUGUUUUUAAAUGUUUUAUUAUUUUGUACAUUAUUAUUCGUUUGUGAUAUGUUUGUUUUAAAUGCUUGUGAAAAUAUUUGUACAAUAAUACCAAUGUUGACAUUUUUUUUUUAUAUAUUUUGAAUCUUUAAACAUUUAUUAUUAUCAUUAUUAUUAGCACUAUGCACUGUACAUGGAUAUUUUACACUUUAUAUUGAGACGUAGCUAUUAAUGUAACUGUAAAGCAAACGGCUGAAUUUUAUAUUUAAUAUAAUGAAUUUUCUAUAUUAUACUUAUUAUAUUUAUGAAAAUAAUAUUAUGAUUACUUAUUAAUUAAAUUAUAGCUUAUAGUAGAAUUAUUUUGUCCGUGCAGUUUGGGUCAUAAAACAUAGCCCGGCUAGGGCGGUCAGAAUGUUGCGCGGGCGCAACGCCGUUAUCAAUAAAAACAAAUGAGUCAUCGAAGGCAGGUAGACGGCGCGGCGGCGGGGUGGUAUACGAAGGGUGAUGAGACAUUGUUAUGUUAUGAGUUAAUUUCUGCCGUUCCCGUUAACAUGCUGCGGCGAUAUGUGGUGUAAGUGUUCGAUUAGUAAUUUUUUCUUUGAUUUUUAUCACUAACCCACAAAAUGACAAAAUACACUAUCGAUAACGCUUAUCGACAACAAUAAUGCGCAUCACUAUGCCCGUCCAUAAGGCUCGUGAGUGAAAGCGAGAGCAAAAUACUCGCUUCACCGCUCCGAUUUUUUAUGACCCAAACUGCACGGACAAAAUAAUUCUACUAUAGUGUAUAAUACUUCCGUAGGAAAAUUAUAAACAUGAAAUAUCGUUAUUAUUAAAUUACAAUUUUUCAAUCCCUUUAACCCGUUAGAAUGCCCGUGGGGGCGGAAGCCCUUGCCCUCGUAGACUUCGGGCAGAUUUUUAAAAUAUAAUUAUGAAACCCGACAUCGUAUAUUUGCAAAAUUAAAGAUGCUGGAUUGUAAUACAUAAAUAUUUGUUGUAAGACCAUAGAGCGAUUAUUGUUGUUUUUAAUUUAGAUAUAUCUAAACAUAAUAAAUACGACCGUCAGAAGACGAAACCGUAAUAAUGUAGGGACCACCCAACUACAAGUGGACACUAGCUCUCUAAUACGACAAUCAGUCUUAAACUGGAAAGGCCUCCGGGCCAAAAGUAGUCCCUCAAAAUGUAAAAAAUAAAUAAAAAAUCUAUGUACCUGCGUCGUGAACCCGCAAUCGAAACUAAAAGUGCGCGUGUAGCAGUACAUUGCGUACUUUUCAAAACAUUUUAUUUUUUUGCUUAGACGGGGGUACGAGCUCACAGCCUGGUGUUAAGUGGUUACUGGAGCCCAUAGACACCCACAACGUAAAUGCGCCACCCACCUUGAGAUAUAAGUUCUAAGGUCUCAAGUAUAGUUACAACGGCUGCCCCGCCCUAUAAAUCGAAACGCAUUACUGCUUCACGGCAGAAAUAGGCAGGGCGGUGGUACCUACCCGUGCGGACUCAAGAGGUUCUACCACUAGUAUUCUUAAAAUGUUUUAAGAGGUGAUAAUAAAUAUAUACCGCGUCCCGAAUCCCCGUUAUAUUGCAUUGUAUUCUAAGAAAUUGUCUUUAAGAAAAUGUCUUAUCUUUAAGAAAUUGUUCCCUAAUCCUCGACACAUAAAUGUGACAGAUAAUAAAUUCUAGAAAGACGCA